UUUGUUAUAUCUUGAACAAGAGAAUAGAAUUGUUCAACACGAUCUUCUCCACCGUCAUCUCUUUCCAUUUUUCCUCCACAUGAUAAUUUCUCUCUGCCCAAACACCAGAAAUCUUUCCUUUUCCCCCAUUGAUUAUUCAAUUCCCCAAACCACAUCAAAGGAAACAACACUAACGCUGUUUUCUCAAACUUUGAUCCAAAUUUCUAAAUCUGUUCAACUCUUUUUCUCAUAGAAUUAAUAACAGAUCCGCACAAACCCAGAAUCCCACCGGCUUUCAAAUACCCGAAACUUUCCCGGUAAACAGGGAAACGGGAAAAAGCCCAAAACUUUCCGGGAAAACUAACGAAACCCAGAUGAGACAGAAACGGAGUAUCAUCGCCACCGUCGUAUUAGUGGGCAUCGCCGCGGUGUGCUUACUCUUCCGCGGCGGAGAGGCAUUGGGAGUGAACUGGGGGACGAUGGCGAGUCACCAGCUACCGCCGAAGACGGUGGUGCAGAUGCUGAAGGGCAACAACAUUCAGAAAGUGAAGCUCUUCGACGCGGACGGAAGCACCAUGGGAGCUAUAGCCGGCUCAGGCAUGGAGGUCAUGGUGGCUAUUCCGAAUGAUCAGCUCAAAGCCAUGGGAAGCUUCAGCCGAGCUAAGGAUUGGGUCCGAAGAAACGUCACUAGCUACAACUUCAAUGGCGGCGUCAACGUCAAAUACGUAGCGGUAGGGAACGAGCCGUUCUUGACAUCGUACAACGGGACAUUCAUAAACCUGACGUACCCAGCGCUGGUCAACAUCCAGAACGCAUUGAACCAAGCAGGACUCGGCGACUCCAUCAAAGCCACCGUCCCUCUCAACGCCGACGUCUACAACUCUCCGCCGGAAAAACCCUUCCCUUCCUCCGGCAGAUUCCGACAGGACAUCCUCGACCAGAUGUCUCUCAUCGUCAACUUCCUCGCUCAGAACAAAGCCCCCUUCACCGUCAACAUCUACCCUUUCCUCAGUCUCUACCUCAGCUCCGACUUCCCCGUCAAUUACGCCUUCUUCGAGGGCCAAAACACUGUCAACGAUCCCGACAACGGCGUCGUCUAUACCAACGUCUUCGACGCCAACUUCGACACCCUCGUCGCAUCUCUCAAGGCCUUGAAUCAUGGGGACAUGCCCAUCAUUGUCGGAGAGGUCGGCUGGCCAACGGAUGGCGACAAGAACGCCAAUGUGGCAAAUGCCGAGAGGUUCUACGCCGGUUUGCUUCCACGGUUGGCCGCGAACAGAGGGACCCCGAUGCGUCCUGGAUACAUCGAAGUGUAUCUUUUCGGCUUGCUCGACGAGGACGCUAAGAGUAUAGCUCCAGGGAGCUUCGAGCGUCACUGGGGAAUCUUCAAAUACGACGGCCAACCCAAGUUCCCGAUGGAUUUUUCGGGCCAAGGUCUGAAGAAGUUCUUGGUCGGAGCCCAGAACGUCGAUUACUUGCCAGCUAGGUGGUGUAUGUACAACCCGAACGGCAAUGGCGAUAUAAGCAAGCUCGGAGAGAACAUAGACUACGCCUGCAGGUUCUCGGACUGCACAGCUUUGGGGUACGGAUCCUCCUGCGGGAACCUGGAUGUGAACGGGAACGCAUCGUAUGCGUUUAACAUGUAUUUCCAGGUGCAGAACCAGCAAGAAGAGGCGUGUUACUUUCAGGGGCUUGCCACGAUCACAUCGCAGAACCUGUCACAAGGGCAAUGCAAUUUUCCUGUUCAGAUCGGUCAGUUUUCGUCGGGACAUUAUCAUAGGUAUGGUUCGGCAGCCGGGUUGUGUCUGGUGAGUGUGUUAGUGUUCUUUAUGAGACUAUGAGGUUUUGGGCUAUGUCUUCAGGCAUUUUGGUUUUCAUUGUUGGUGGAUUGGGUUACUUUUUGUUGUAUAUUAUUGAUUCUUGGUUCAUAUCGGUAUUCGUUCUCUGGGAUCUGCA